GGGCAAUUUAUAAGUAAGGUGGCAACACACACCUGCAUCGCUCCACACAUGAAAAUAUUAAGCAAAAUGUUUAAAAAUAAAACAAAACGUAACGGCUGUUGUUCAAACUAAACAUAUAUAUUAAAAAUAAAAGCAUAUAAGCAGGAGACUAACACAUUUACAUAUCAAGCCAAUUCUUUUGUAUAAAAUCAACGAAGCGUGCGUCGCUGUUGCCGUCAACGUCGUCACUGCCGCCACAAACACAAAUACAAACACAGAAAAUUAUCAUCAACAUCGAUUGUAUAUUAAACAUUUUGCUCGGCCAGCGGAACUUGGCCCAUUUCUUGGAUCGCCAGAAUUGGAAACUAUAUCAGUUCGCUUUGUAUAUUUCGCCGUGGCGCUCGUGACGAAAAUCAACGCACAGAGCAACGAGUGCUCGCAAUGGGGCUUCCACCGUUCAAUGUGUCUGGCAGUCCCUUUGAUGUGGUGCCCAUACACAAUUUUCCGGAGCUAAUGAAGGAUACAUGCGCGCUCAUUAAUUCGGAAUGGCCGCGUUCUGAAACUGCGCGCAUGCGCUCCCUGGAGGCAUCAUGCGACACGCUGCCCUGCAGCCUGGUCCUAACCACGGAAAGCAUGUGCCGUGUGAUAGCGCACCUGAAGCUCAGCCCCAUAACGUCCAAGAAGAAAGCAUGCUUCGUGGAGUCUGUUGUUGUGGACAAGUCGUAUCGCGGCCAGGGCUUUGGCAAGCUAAUUAUGAAGUUUGCCGAGGACUAUUGUCGUGUCGUACUGCAAUUGAACACCAUCUAUCUGUCCACCAUCGAUCAGGAUGGCUUCUACGAGCGCAUUGGGUAUGAAUAUUGUGCGCCAAUUUCCAUUUACGGACCGCGUCACUGCGAGUUGCCUAGCUUACAAAUUCUUAAAAAGAAAUACAUGAAGAAGGUCUUAUAGAUGUCAGCACCCGUAGUAGUAGUGUUGGCUUAACCAAGCUGCCAAAGCUUCCAGCUUUAAGAACGGAGUUUGCCAGUUUAACUAGUCAAAUUGGGUAAACGCUCUUUGGCUUUAUACAUAUAUACAUAUAAAUAUAUAUAUAUAUCAAAUACUGCCCAGCGGUAGAGCUGUAACAGCCUGUAAUAUCUCCUAGAGCGUUUGCUUCUAAUUCCAUUACGAUUACAUAAAACAAAACAAAAAAAAAAAAAAAAAAAACAAAAAAACAAAACAUUCAUAUUACGCUCGUGUUGAUUUUUAAAUAUUACUUUCCGCAUGUAUUUUUUGUUACCUUUUCGUAAAAAAAAGCUUGAGAUGCACCUGGCACGUUAUUGGCCGUGUUAAUAUGUAUAUUGCUCAUAAUAUAUACAAGUUAAUUUAAUUAUGUAUAAUUAUUUAUUUAUAACUCAUAUCCUUAUGAUUUUUUGUGAGGGUUUGCUCAAGUGCUUGCUAGACAAUAUCUAACUCAAUUAUCUUCCAAAUAAAACAUAGCAUAGAUAUACAUAUCGAAAUGGAAAUGUAGUGGCAUUAAGCAAUCAACGAAAGGCAAUAAAUUAUAUUAAAGAUGUAGAUAUUUUAA